GUUGAAAUAGUGGAAGAAAAAAGAGAGCAAUAAUAAUAAUAUAGAGGAAGAAGGGGGAGGGAGGGGGAGGGAGGGAGCAUAAGAGUAUGAGAAAGCUGCGGCUGCCGCUGCAAAUGGCAGAGAGUAGAGAGAGAUUAAAAGAAGAAUAGGGUUAGGCCUACGUAGCCGACCCGCAACGACCCGACCACACCUCUGAAUAUUGUCCUCCUCCACAGUCCACACACACCACAACACUCCUCCUCUUAAAGCUGUUCUUGUUUUUGUCUCUCUCUUUUAUCUCUUCCCCUUAUAAUCCCCAAUUCCCCCCCUUCCCCCUCUCUGCAUUUUCAAAUUACCCUCUUCCUUCUUCCAAUUUCUCUUCAAUUUCUCUCGAUUCGAUGCCUUCAGACGCCGGCGACCACCUCAAGACCGCCACCAAGCCCCUUGCCUCUGGCGGCCUUUGCCCUCCUCCGGAACAAGAGCACCUCCCUUGCCCACGCUGUGAUUCCACUAACACCAAGUUCUGUUACUAUAAUAACUAUAAUUUCUCUCAGCCAAGGCAUUUCUGUAAGUCCUGUCGUCGUUAUUGGACCCAUGGUGGGACCCUUCGCGACAUUCCCGUUGGCGGUGGCAGCCGGAAGAAUGCCAAGCGUUCUCGUACCUGCAUUCCCGCGGCGGCGGCGGCGGCGACGUCGGUUGUUUCUUCUUCAUCUGGGUCUUUGACUAAUUCUGUUUCUCAGCUCGAUCAUCACUCGUUGCCGGCGACUCCGUUUCUGGUGCCGCUCGUCGGUGGCCACAGUGGAGGACUGCAGUUCGGCGGCGGCGGAGGAGGGGAGUUGAAGGCUGGUGGGAAUAUGUGUGGGAGCUUUACGUCGUUGUUGAACAAUCACGCGCCUGGGUUUUGGAGUUUGGGCGGGUUCGGGCUUGGACUCGGGUCUGGGUUCGAAGAUGUGGGCUAUGGAGCGGCUAGUUCUAGGGUGGCUUGGCCAUUUCUCGGUCUGGGAGACGGCAGUACUGGAGUCGGCGGCCACGGCGGAGCGGCGAACACGUGGCAGUUUGAGAAUGGAGACGCCGCCGGUUUUGUGGGGGCUGCGGAUUGUUUGUCUUGGCCGGAAUUGGCAAUUUCCACUCCAGGAAAUGGGCUCAAAUGAUAAAUAUUUUUAAAAAGAUUUUUCGUUUUUUCUUUUUGGGUUGGUGAAAAAAUGUGGGUUAAAAGGUUAAAUUUCUGUGUUAUGGAGGGG